GCGCGCUCUGAUUGGCUGCUGGCAGGUGUUCACGUGAAGCCCGGCUGCUGGUUCAGCAGCACGAGAGAGAGAAUGUUCAACAAGUUUAGAACGUGAGGAGAGCAGCUCGCGACCAGAACGCUCACAUCAAAGAUGAUCCCGAGACUCCGAGCAGCUGCUACGUCAUCUUAAAGGAACAGCGACCCUUUCUACUGCACGACCACCUGGACAGUGUCCUGUGAGUGUGUCCUCUUGAGUCCACGAUGCCGAUCGACAUGGCCUUACCUCUGUACCUGUCCAAAGAGGAGUUUGUCUUCAGGACGUCUCCUAAGACAUGCCAACCUGCUCUGAGCUCCUGCCUGAGGUUCCAGCCCCCCCACCGCGUGGACCCGACCGAGCCCGAGGACGGACGGUCCUCCAGGAAGGACUCCAGGAAGGCCAAGAAGCAGGUGACGUUCGCCGACCACCGCGGCCUGUCUCUGACCAGAGUGAAGGUCUUCUCCCAGUUCAGCGACCCCAUCGCUAUCCCUCUGAACGUCCAGGAGACGCUCAGCGCCGCUCUGUCUCUGAGCGCCGUGGAGGACCAGCUGGUGCUGGACUUCACUCAGCCCGCCUCAGACUACCUGAACUUCCGCCAGAGCCUGGAGAGGAACUACGUGUGCCUGGAGCACUGCGUGCUGAAGGAGAAGGCGUUGGCGGGAACCGUUAAAGUCAAGAACGUGUCCUUCGAGAAGACGGUGAAGCUGCGGGUGACGUUCAACAGCUGGCGGAGCCACGUCGACGUGGACUGCCAGUUCGUGAAGGACGCGUAUCCCAGCUCGUACAGCGACACCUUCUCCUUCAGCGUGUCGCUGCCCGAGCAGCUGAGGCCUCACGAGCGCGUCGCGUUCGCCGUCUGUUACGAGGUGGGUGGACGCGAGUACUGGGACAGCAACCGGGGGGACAACUACGGGAUCGUCUGGUCGUCCCUGAAGAGGAGCCGCCAGGACGCCUGCAGCCGCCACACGGCCUCCUCAGACUUUGGGAUUCACUUUGACCGAUACGGCAGCCCCACCUGCUCACACGGGAUCUUCCCCGAUUGGCCGAGUUACGCCGGAUACGAGAACACGGGCCCGUACUACUGAACAGGAAGCACACGCUGGCGGUGGCAUGGCGUGGCGUGGCGUGGCGUGGCGAUGGCGGUGGCGGUGGCUGAACAUAGAGCUCCGUCACCGACUCUGAAUACUGACGAACCUGCAGGAAUCAUGAUUACUGUUUUCUACCUAUACAGGUAAAUGUCACGUCAUCCUCCACCUGCUGCAACCAACAACUCUCAUCACCAACAACUCUCAUCA